AGGCUACAAGUUUCCAUACAAUCCUAUCUUCCCCUUGCCAUUUCCAUCCAUCAAAUAAUUAGGCUCAGUCAGCAAUUUGUCGAUUAAGUGAAAACACAGUAUCUCGUUUUCAGAAACCCUAAAAUAAAUUAUCGUCAACUUUUCUUCUUCUUCUUCUUCCUUUCCAUUUUUCACAGAUCAACGCUCGUCUCCUUCCUGCCAUAUCCAGGUUAGAAGAGGAGGAGGAAGAAGAAGAGAAAAGGUGGGUUGGCUUGGAGCUCGGGUUUUGAUUGACGGAAACAAUGUCGGGAGGAAGCUCAAGGUCCACCAUUUACAUAGGCAAUUUGGAUGAGCGGGUUAGUGAGAGGGUGUUGUAUGAUAUUCUGAUUCAAGCAGGGCGAGUACUUGAUUUGUACAUUCCUCGAGACAAAGAAACUGAUAAGCCUAAAGGUUUUGCCUUUGCUGAAUAUGAAACCGAGGAAAUUGCUGAUUAUGCUGUCAGGCUUUUCACUGGUCUGGUCACUCUCUACAACCGGACUCUCAAGUUUGCUAUUUCUGGCCAAGACAAGCCGUCACUUAAUAUAAAUCCUGGAACUACUCCCACAUCAAAUGUUCCUCAUAAACUGAGAUCUCAUCCUACACCGAUUAACGAAAUGGAACGAAUAUCAAACAGAUAUACGUCUUACCCUGUAAAUUUCUCUCAAGUGCAUCCUCCAGGUGUAAAUAAUGGAAACAAUUUUGACCAUAGUCGUCAAGUUUUUGGGGCGAAUUUGGAUAGCAUUAACCGUUCUAGGUUAAGUCGCUUUGACACGAGUAAUCCUGUUUCUUACUCUACCUACUAAAGUUGCUAUAAUAUUAGUGUAGGUUAAAAUCUCAUUUUGGCAACUCUUUAUGGCCUCAAAUUAAAUGGUAUUCUAGGCAGAUAUUGAAGAUAGCCUGUAAGCUCCGCCGCUGGAGUCAAUGAGCUAAUUUAGGUAAGCUAAGUUAGAUGCCAUUGUCGAAUCUUGGUUGUUGUCUACCCAUGUAUGUGUGUGUAUACAAGACUCGCCAUAUCUAAUAGCAAUUCUUUUUGUUCCGGCUUU